AUGAGAACUGAAAUAAAUCUCAUAAAAGAUAUGUUAAACCAACUACAAGAACAAUUUGACAUAUUAUCAGCCACACUAGGGGAGGAACAAAGAAUGAGAAGAUUGAAUGAGGAAUAUGUGGAUGUGCUUGUGGAGAAAAAGAAGGUGAAUGAGGAAGACAAGGAUGAGGAAGAUUUGGAGGAGAUGAAUGAGGAAGAUUUGGAGAAGGUGAAUGAGGAAGACCAGGAUGAGGAAGAUUUGGAGGAGAUGAAUGAGAAAGAUUUGGAGAAGGAUGGUCUUGUGGAGAAGAAGAAUGAGGAUGUGCUGGUGCAAAAGGAAGACAAGCAGAAGAAUGAGGAGAAGAAGAAUGAAAAAGACAUUGAUGGGCUUAUGGAGGAGAAGUUAAAUAAGUAUGUGGUGGAGGAUGAUGUGCUGGUGAAUGAGAAUAUUGAGGUUGAGCUUGUGGAGAAGAAGGAGAAUGAAAAAGACAUUGAUGUGGUGGAGGAUGAUGUGUCAGUGAAUGAGAAUAUUGAGAAUGAUGAUGUGUUUGUACAUAAUUUGGAGAAGAAGGAAGACAUGCAAAAUGUGCAAAAGGUGGAGGAGGAUUUGUUUGUGGAGAAGAUUGAGAAGAAUGAAGACAAGGUGCAAAAUAAGAAGGUGGUGCAGAAUAAGAAGAUGAUGCAUAAGAAGAAGGUGAAGGUGGAAGAUAAUGUGUUUGUGGAAAAGAAGGAAGACAAGGUGGUGCAGAAGAAGAAGUUGGUGUAG